AUGACAGCAAUAAAGACAGCGAAGGGAAAAAAAGCUGGAAACUUCAAAGACCUGCGAUGCCGAAAAAGCAUUUUCCAUGUCGCUUUAUUGAUGGCAAUUUUUUAUUUCGCUUCACCAAUCUUUUUAUGUGAGAGGUUGAAGGGACACAACACCGCCUACCAGAACCCGAAGACUCUGAUGGACAUUUGA